UAGGAUCAAUGUCAAUGGAGACUGAGAAACUUGACACAGAAAUGAAAGAAGUGAGGCUUCGUAUGGCAGAUCACGACAUCAAAGCUAUUGAUAGAGAAGCUCAUUUCUUUAUGGAACAAGCAACAGACAGCUUCAGCCCAGGAUUGCCAGCUGUGAUGAAAGGAAUAUCUGACUAUGGUACCGAGGCCAGCAAGCUGAGCUAUUAUGAACCUUAUGCUGCUUGUACAUCAGCUGCAUUUUUGAGGCAUUUUAUCACUGAAAAGGAGUCUGUCAUCAGUUUUCGAUCAGUGAAAUCUCAGCUCUUUGAUUUGUCUGCUGUUGUGAGUGGCAGGUGGCGUGAUGUGGCUGAACGUCUCAAAUUGAGCAAGGAUGAAAUUGAAAUGGUAGAAUUGGAGGUUCAUACGAAGAGAGAGAAAGCAUAUAUGAUGCUUUGCAAAUGGCAGUCCAAGGUAGGAGACAAUGUAAAGAUACUGGAGAUGGUAAAAGAGGAGAUGCAACAUAUUGAAGAAAAGAAGAAGGCUGAAGCUAUUGACAGUAUAGUUUUUCCUCAUCAGCUAAUGGAAGAGAAACAAUUUUGUGGGCGGAAGAAAGAGUUGACAACUUUGGCCAAUUCAAUGUGGGGAGGAAGAACUCCAGAUGGCUCUAAGUUAUUGGAAUUUUGUUGUGUGGUGAUUAAAGGAAUGGGCGGAGUUGGAAAAUCAUCUUUGACUGCUCAAUAUGCUCUGUUAUGGAAACACUUGUAUAGUGAUGGAGUACUGUAUUUUAAUGCAGAAUCAUGGGCAAGUCUCACAAACUCAGUCUCAUACAAUCUCUCAGUCUUGUGUCUAACCUCCAUCCCAUGUCCACUAGAAAACAUCAGCAGCAAUCCGUUAGAAGUUAACAAUGCAGUGCUUCUUAACCACAUCUACAAGCAUCACAAAAUGCUGUUGAUUUAUGAUGGUGCAGAUGAUCUCUCUUUCUUGCCUAAAGUUCUUCCUCGCUCGUCUUCUCGUGUUCAUGUGUUGAUCACAACUCGAUGUGCUGAUUGUUCGACGUUGCAGCAAGUAAGUCAUGUCAUCUCUCUCGGUUGUUUGGAAGAUGAAGAUGCUGUGUCAGCUCUAACCAAAUGGUCUGGUCGCCAACCGUCAAACGUUCAAGAAAAAGCAGCAAUAACUAAGUUAGCAAUCGAGCCUCCCAUAGAAAAGCUACCAAUUGCUCUUGCUCAUGCGGGUACAUAUGUGAGAAGGACUCGUCUUAGUUAUGAUGAAUAUUACAAAUUGUUGAAAUCAGAAAAAGUGAAACUUGAGGCAUUGGCAUUGGAUCUCAACAAACUGUUGCAUUACUUCAAUGCCAGUUGCCUUUAUGAACAACUUUUGCAAGCUUGUCUAACUCAGCCCGCAGAUUUGAAAAGAUUGACCGACGUGAAUAUUGAUGAAUUGAAGAUGAGUAAACGUGACAAAGAUGUUGUUACAAAUAUUAGAAACUUUUUGUUUUCCAGUCAUGUUCACCUUACAUGGCAAAUGGACAUUGAUUUGGUUGAAAGAGAGAAUCCAAAAGCAUUGUUACUUCUUGAAUAUGCAUCAUUUUUGUCUUCAAGGGACAUUCCGGAAAGACUAGUUCGACCUCUUGUGUUUUCUGAUGCUGCCAAGUAUGAGUACAGUUUGUGUGUCUCAGCUUUGUCUUCACACAAUUUAGUUGAAUGGCACGAAACAGCAGAAGGUUACACUUUGAACAUUCAUCCAUUAGUACAGUCAACAGUGAUAGAACGCAUCAAGAAGAAGCCCAAUGAGACUAAACGUAAACUAUCUAAUCUCUGUAAACAUUUGCAGUCUCAACUAUCUGCUGAUGAAAUUGACGAACUUACAUUUACAGCUGAUCAGCCAUCUCAACUUGUAUCUCAUUUGGGUUCUUUGGCUAUGAAUGUGGUGCUAGCUCGUGUAGAAACGGUGCUUUGCUUAAAUCUUGUUACGCGUGCCUGUUAUUCUUCUAUGUAUUGGCAGCCAGCUCAGACAUCUCGCUAUUUGAUUGAGACUUUUUAUGUAUUUGCAAGCCAGUUGCAAUGUCAGUCAAAUGAGAUGAGAUGCUUUUAUCUAUCAGCAGCAAGCACUUUUAUGGCCUUCACACAUCAACUAAAUCUGAAAUUAAGAGAGGCAUUAGCUGUAUCCUUAGAAACCAAGAAAUUGAUUGAAAGUUUAAGACCAAGCGAGAAGAAGGCAUUAUACGCACUGCUUGAAAUUGUGCUGUUGAAUCUCAUUGAUUUGUAUCAGAAGCAAAGUAACUUUGAACAAGCAGAAAUUUGUCUGAAAGAGCUUACAUUGCUGAUGGAAACCUCUAGAAAAGAGUUUGAUGUUUUGUGUUUUAAAAAUGAAUGCUUUAUGCUAUGGAAGUACUAUGAAUUGGGCAAACUAGACAAAGCAAAAGAAUUGCUUCUUCGUGUCGUGAAAAACCUUGAUCAUCUAGAGAAGAAUGCCCAGUUCAAACUUAUUCCGGAAUUGGGAAAUUGUUUGCUACAAAUUGGAGAAAUUGAAAAAGCAGCUGAUAUUAUGAAUUCGUUACUCGACAGUUGUCAGAGAACCACUCCCAAUGAUGGCGUGUUGGUAUGUGAAGCUAUGAGAAUGCUGUCAGUCUGUAAGAUACGUCAUGCCAAUGGAUCGAAGGACAAUCUUGCUGAAGCAUUGGAAUUAGCAAAAAACGCUUUGUCUGUAAUUCAGUCUUGGCUACCAUCAGACAAUAACAUUGUUAUUUUUUGUGAAUUUCAAUGCAAACGGCAAAUUGCUAAAUGCUUCAGAGUAUUAGGAGACACGAAAAUGCGUGUAAGUAUACUGAAAGAAUGUAUAGACGUUGACAAAAGAAAUAUGCCUGAUUUUACCUUAUUUGACGGUCAGUCUAUUGUCUUGUGUCUAUUGUGUUGUCGUUGUUGUUGUGCUACUAUAUUUUAUGCAGUAUUAAGAGAUUUGGCAGUUGCACAUAUGCAUGAUGGCAAUCCAACUGAAGCUCUCAAGUGGUACAAAGAAGAAUUAGCGUGCUACCAGCAGCUGGAUGCUUUUUCGUUUCGUAAACCAAUUAUUGCUGCUUUUGCAGAGACUGGCUUCCUAUGUUUUGAUAUGUACAACUUUAUGGAUGCCUUGAAAUAUUUGGAGCAGUCUUUAGAAGUUGUUGAACACAAAUGGAUGUACUUACGGUCUGGUACCAUUUAUGGUAAAGGUUUUUCUUUAUGA